UAUUUUUAUAUUGACAUUGUGGUUCGUUCAUGAAAUUUGAACUCAUGACAUUCUACAACCAAGUAGAAAGUAGACGAGCCACUAUACGAAAUAGUCUUAAAGAAAGUUGAAUGCAAUUGUUUGGUAUGUACAAUUGUCCAAAGCCCAUUGUUAGACCGCAUACACAUCAGGAAAUACAUUUACAAUUGUUUGGCAUGUCCAAGCCCCAUAGUCAAACUCACCUUACCUAACUAUCCUGUGCUUGUUCCUGCGAUCACGUCGAAGUAAUCUGCAAUCCCGGCUGGCCAACCCUAUACAAGCACAUAGGCCUCCUGUGCUUGUUCCUGCGAUCAUUAUGCAGCCAAUCCCAGCUGGCCAACCCUGUACAAGCACAUGGGUUUAGGGUUGAAAGUUUGAGACUUUACCUAUUUAUACAUGAGGAGGUCCAUGCAUCGUGGUCAUGUAUUAGAUUACUUGCUUAGCAAGCUGAAAAUCAAAUAAUGUCUCUGAGUGAAGAAAUCAACCCAUCAAGCUAUGGUGAUAAAAUCACUGUUCUAAGCAUUGAUGGUGGAGGAAUUAGAGGCAUUAUCCCUGCAACCAUAUUGACUUUCCUUGAAUCCAAAUUACAAGAACUGGAUGGAGAAGAAUCCCGAAUUGCAGAUUACUUCGACGUGAUCGCAGGAACAAGCACAGGAGGCCUAAUAACAGCCAUGUUGACAGCACCUGACCAAAACAAACGACCUCUCUAUGAGGCCAAAGAUAUUGUUCCAUUCUAUCUCAACUAUUGCCCCAAAAUAUUCCCUCAAUCCAGUGGACCACUUAUGAGAAUGAGAGCCUUAAGGGGACCAAAAUAUGAUGGCAAGUAUCUCAGAAAGUUGGUUCGCAAAAUACUUGGAACUCGAAGACUGCAUGAAACUGUAACUCGAAUUGUGGUGCCUACAUUUGACAUCAAAUUGCUACAACCCCAUGUCUUCUCAACCUUCGAGGCAGAGAUGGAUUUUUCUGAGGAUGCAUUGCUAUCAGAUGUUUGCAUCGGUAGUUCGUCUGCUCCAACUUAUCUCCCAGCUCAUCAUUUCAAGACUAAAGAUUCAGAAGGAAAUGAAAGGGAAUUCCACCUUGUUGAUGGUGGGGUGGCAGCAAACAAUCCUGCAUUGCUGGCAAUGAAGCCAACAGGGAAAGUGUUCCCAGGCAGUCCAGAUGAUCUGGCCUCACCACAAAGUCUACAAUAUGAGAAAUACCUUAUGCUCUCACUGGGCACAGGGACUUCAAAGAUAGAGAAAAAAUACAACGCAAAAAUGGCAGCAAAGUGGGGGAUUUUGGGCUGGCUUUACAAGGAUGGCCAUUGCCCUUUAGUCGAUGCCUUCACAUUUGCUAGUGGAGACAUGGUCGACCUUCACAUGUCCUUGAUUUUCAGGUCCGUCAAAUGCGAGCACAACUACCUUCGCAUUCAGGAUGACACAUUAAGUGGGAACACAUCAUCGACAGACAAGGCAACAAAGGAGAACAUGAGGGAGCUAAUAAAGACUGGUGAGAGUCUGUUGCAGAAGCCUGCUUCAAGGAUGAAUCUUGAAACAGGGAUAUUUGAACCAGCUCACAAUAAUGGAGCCACCAAUCAAGAAGCCCUCACUAGAUUUGCUCAAAAACUAUCGGAGGAGAGAAGACUGCGAAAGGAACGAUUACAUCAGUGGUCCUCCAUUUGAUUACAAUAUAUAAUAGAUUCAUUAUCUUAAUUAUAAUUGUGUUUAAGUGAAUUUAUACUUGGUAUUAGAAUCAUGAU